UUAGAACGCGUCGCAGUGCGGCAGGAAGUUGAGUAUACGACGCGUUGCCUCGUAUUCAAAGUUAAACUGAAAUAACUUUGAUGACUGCUUGCCAGGGCGAAGCGCGCCUUUUUGAAGUUUGCCUUUCCUUAGCGUCGCAAGGUGUUAAUUGGUUACGUUUUAAUUUAUUUCAAAGAAUUUAUAAAUAAUGUCCAAAGUGCACGCAGGAAAUAAUGUAUGUGCGUUAUCCGCGAAACCAAGCUUGAAUUCAAAUUCUCUGCAUAAAUCAAGAAAUUAAUUUAAUGAGUGAAGUUUUGACAAAUUGAAUUAAAAACUAAUUAUCUGCCCAGUUAAGCCUGUCGAAAACUCAAUUAGCUCAAAAUGCAAAAUAAAGUAAAUAUAAGAAAUUGAAUAAGUGUAGAGUGUGAAUAAUAAAAAUAUAUUUGAGAUUUAAAAAUACUCGUGAAAAUAUAUAAAUAAUUAUAUGCAAAAUAAAAGUAAUACUAGUGCAAUGUAAGAGUGUUGAUUUAUUACAAAUUUAGUUAGUGUAUAAAUAUAUGUACUUAUUUAAUAUAUACAUAUAUAUAAAAUAUAACUUAAUCAAUUACAACAAAUCAUGUAGGAAACCGCAUAGACUAUGGAUUCAAACUCGGCAAUUCUCUGCAGGCCGCGCCCAAAUCAUGUAAUAGACAACCUCAUCUGCCGCUGCUCGACGUCGCUGUGCGGUAUUAGGCAAAUUGACAACAGCUUAAAACGACUUUCAGCACCUUAAAGCCCGGCAAAUAUUGCCGAACUCGAGGAUUCUCAACUGCUGCCAGCUGUCAGUGACUGGCAUCCGAAAAAAUCCCCCCACCCACGCACUUGACGAGGAGUGGAUAUCCACAAAAAACAGACACCAGGCACAGGCCGGAGGCAGGGCCUCAGCCAAACAGUACAAAACAAUGAACGCCGAGCAGGAGGAGGAACGUGUUUGCCUUAGAACCGCCGAGGAGCAGGAACAGGAACAGGAACGGGAAAGGGAACCGAAGCAGGAGCCGGAACGCAACAUGGACGACGACGACGACAAACUGGUCUCGGACGAAGUGCAUCUACGCCAACUGAGCUCAACGCCGGCCUCGGCGCUGCAGCAGCGCCGCCAGAACAACAGCGUGACUCGCUCCGCGCCACCCGAGCUGACGCAGCGUGGGCCCAGCGUGCAGGAGCCGGAAAGCGAGGCGGAGCAGGGCGUGGUGCUGCGACGGGCCAUGGGCAAGGGGGCCAUUACCUUGGCACAAAUAGACGAUCUAAGACUGGAGAGCGACGACGACGACGACGAAGAGGAUGACGUGAACGACUACGACGAUGUUGACUGUGGCCAGGGCUUGAGCAAUCCCGCAGCGCAGACCACAAAUGAUGAGCAGAUUACAGCCGCAACAAUGGCAGCUACGGCCACAACAAUGUCAGCCACAGCCACAACCACCGCAGCAGCAGCAACAGCAACAACAACAACAACAACAACAACAACAGCAGCAGCAGAGCAGGAAGCGGCCGGCAGCGGAACGUGUACGCCAACCACUCUGGACAUGUCCAAAAUACCACGCCUACCCGGCGACGGGGCACAGAUGGACGACAGCGGCGAUCUGCCCCACUCGCUGCAGGCCUCCGCAGCCUCGAUUUUAUCCAAUUUGCGCAAGAAACAGCAGGCAAUGCUCGCAGUUGGCAGCAACGUCGGCGUCGGCGUCGGCAGCGGCGCCGCCAUAAACGUUGACCGACCUGUGGCCGGGGCCAUGGCCAAGCAAACGCCGCGGCGAGUGCAGUCCGUGCGCAUCGUCGAGGACAAAUCUGGCUAUGGACCCAAGCGACGCACCGAGAGCUGCAGCAUAUUCGGCAACAGCAAUUUCGACUAUGAACUGGAAUCGGGCCAAUCGAUUGCCAGCAUGGCGGGUCCUCAACGCCCGCUGAAUAAUGAAACCUAUUCGGCCUUUAAGAGCGGCAACGUGGUCAAGGGCAUACUCUGUCCCUCGCUGACCAACUCCUUCAAGCAGAGCUCGCUGGAGAGAAGCUACCUGACCUACACACACAGGCAAAGGCAGAAGUCGCUCAUCAUUGUGAACGUGGUGGACUUUGUGCUGAAGAUCGUGAUGGCGCUCAUCUGGAUGCUGCAGCCGAGGGAGGAUCGCUUAGACACGAGCUCGAGCUAUGCGAGCACAGCCACUUCGAUUACUUGGUCAGUUUGCUGUGGCAUCGCCAAUCUGGCCAUUUGCUUCCUCGGGUACUGGCGCUGCUUUGCCAACAAUUAUUUGCACUGGGCGGCGGUCUGCACGUGGGUGCUCUUCAAUAUCCAAGGAUUCAUCAGCGAAGGCGUCGGCUUCGAGAAUCGGGAGUACCUGGUCUGGUACAUUCUGUUCGUCAUCUUUGUGCCCUAUGCCAUGCUGCCGCUGCCGCUCAAAUGGUGCGUCGUGGGCGGCACAAUCACAGCCAGCUGCCACCUGGCCGUAAUUACCAUCAACAAAUUGCAGGACAAGACGACGCCUCUGGACACGAACUGCGUGCUAUUCCAAAUCAUUGCCAAUUUCAUUCUAUACACGGCGAUUAACGUGGCUGGCAUGUAUACCAAAUACCUGACGGAUCGGGGCCAGCGAUUGGCCUUCAUCGAGACCCACAAGGCCAUGGAGCACAAGAAAGAGUCCGAAAAGGAAUUGCAGCGCACUCAAAAACUUCUUGAUUCAAUUUUGCCCAACAUUGUGAAUAAUCAAAUACGCAGCGAGAUGUACAAGGGCACGGACCCCACUGUGGAGACGCAGUUCAACAAGCUGUACGUUUACCCCAUGGACAAUGUGAGCAUACUGUUUGCAGAUAUAAAGGGCUUUACCGAGCUGGCGAGCAAGACGUCGGCCCAACAAUUGGUAAAGAUUCUAAAUGAUCUUUUCGCUCGGUUCGAUCGCAUUGCGGAGGAUAAUCAUUGCCUGCGCGUUAAGCUGCUCGGCGAUUGCUACUACUGUGUUUCGCAAUUCGAAAGCGACAACUGGAAGACGCGGCCGGAUCAUGCGGUGUGCAGCGUCGAAACUGGGCUGCACAUGAUAAAAGCCAUCAAGGAUGUGCGGCUGCAUACGCACGUCGACCUCAACAUGCGCAUCGGCAUCCACAGUGGAUCCGUGAUGUGCGGCGUGCUGGGCAACAAGAAAUGGCAUUUUGAUGUCUGGUCAAAUGACGUUAUCAUUGCAAAUCACAUGGAAUCUGGCGGCAUUCCCGGGCGCGUUCACAUCUCGGAGGCGACUCUCAACUGCCUCAACGACGCCUACGAGGUGGAGCCGGGCAACGGCGGCAGCCGAGAUAAUCAUCUCAAUAAGCUGAACGUGACCACCUAUCUAAUCAAGCGCACGGAGCCGUUGAGACCCAAGCGACGCUUUGGCACCCGCAGCAGCGUGCAUCAGAGCAGCAGCAUUGCCGCUCCCGCUGUUCCCAGUCCGGGAACUGCGCCGCUGCCCAAGUCCAUCUCGGCCAGCGGCAGCGGCAACGACUGCAGCAUCGGUAGCACCACAGCCGGGGCCAUGGGCGACGGCAGCAGCAUCGAUGGACGCAGCUUGGACGUCGCCCUAGCCGUGCAGCCGUCCCAGCUGCUGCAGCAGCAGCAGAAGAAGAACAUCUCGCUCAACUCGCUGCCCAACGUAGUCGAGGGCGUGGCCCUGGACAGCCGCCGUCUGCGCAACGGCAUGGCCACCGGCAACGCCGGCAAUGCGAAUGCCAAUGGCGCCGGAGCUCCUGCUGGCCUGUCCACCGUCUCCUCCCCCACGGCCAUGAUGUCCAACACGCUGGAGCAGCAGCUGAGGCCACGCAACGGCGCCAGCAUACAGAAUCUAGCGGACUCAAUCAGCGCCAAGGGCCUGGUCAUUGAGGACGAGAGCACGACCGAGUGGAUUCCGGAAAUACCAUUUCGAAAUCUGACCAGUCCCGAGGAGACAUUGAAUCGCACAGACUCCAUAUUGGUAGAUCCCAAGCUGGAUCAUCGCGUUUCGGUAACCGCCAUGGAUGAGGAGAUUGACGAGUUCAUCGAGCAGAAUAUUCAAAUCAAUUCGAAUAAGGAAAUACGACGGGAGUAUCUGAAUGCCUGGACCCUGAAGUUCAUCGACAAAAGCCAGGAGCAGAAGUUCUGUCAGCUGCGCGAGGAUAUGUUUCGCUCCAACAUGCUGUGUGUGUUUGUCAUUUGGAUAUUUAUGGUGCUGUGCCAGGUCAUAAUUAUACCGCGCUGCACCACAGUCAUCAUUUGCCUAGCGGCUGGCACUGUGGUGCUCACCUUCUGCUGUGUUUUGGUGAUGGCCGAGGAGUUUCCAGGCCUGCCCAACUGCCUGAAAAUCAACUCGGCCAAAUUGGUUCAUCAGCGUCGACGUCGCACACUCUUCAUCUGCGGCGUCAUCGUGUCCAUGUGCUUGCUGAGCGCCAUCGGCCUGGUGCUCUGCCCAUCCUCCAGCUACAACGGCACGACGACUGACAUGAAGCUCUCUAACGACUCCUGGGACGGGGAGGCGACGCUCUCCAUCACGCAUACGAUUCAGCAGAACAUCACAAUACGCACGCCGGCUAUCGGAGGCGUGUCCAUAGAGUCGAUUGCCAAUCUAAGCUCACCGCUGGAGUCAUUCGAGCUGUCCCAUCGACCGUACACCUUAGCCAGAAACAGUCGCAAUCCGAUUAGCCUUCCACCGGAUGACACCUUUCGCUGUGUGCACCGCGAGUAUAUUGUCUUCACCUGGGUGCUCUGCCUCGUCUCGCUGGCCACCGCCCUCAAGCUCUACUACUUGAUCAAGGCAAUCAUGGCCCUGGGCAUGGUCGCCUUCUACACCACCCUGAUCUUCAUCAGGUUCAGCACCGAGGAGAGCUUCAGCCUGGCCAAAUUGCGGCAGUACGGCAUGCCCCUAGGCGUACAAAUGCUAAUCUUGCUCAUCACCUUUCUCAUCAUGGUCUGCUAUCAUGCCAGACUCGUCGAGGUUACCUCCCGGCUGGACUUUAUUUGGAAGGAGCAAGCGGAACGAGAGCUGAGCAACAUGAAAUCGAAUCGUGCUCUUAAUGACACAUUAAUUAAGAACGUUUUGCCGGACCACGUGGCCGAGUACUACCUGUCCGACGAGCACACGGACGAGCUCUAUUCCAAGAUGCAUAAUCUGUGCGGCGUUAUGUUUGCCUCCAUACCCAACUUCCAGGACUUCUACUCGGAGGACAUCGACAAUGGCAAGGCGUGUAUACGCAUUCUAAAUGAGAUUAUCUGUGACUUUGAUGAAUUGCUGGAGGAGCCACGUUUUGCAUCCAUCGAGAAAAUUAAAACCGUGGGCGCCACCUAUAUGGCUGCAGCUGGACUCAAUCACGAACACCUGCGCCUCCGCGGAGAGACUCCCGAGGACAGCGUCUGUGACCUGGUGGAGUUUGCGUUCGCCAUGAAGAAGAAGCUGGAGGAGAUCAACGGCGACGCGUUCAACAAUUUCCAGCUGCGUGUCGGCAUCUGCAGCGGACCUCUGGUCAGUGGCGUGAUUGGAGCACGCAAGCCCGUCUACGACAUCUGGGGCAACACGGUGAACGUGGCCUCACGCAUGGACUCCACGGGCGAGAACUGGCGAGUCCAGGUGCCAGCCAAUACGGCAGAGUUUCUCUGCUCGCGCGGCUAUACGUGUGUGAAACGCGGUGAGAUUAACGUAAAGGGCAAGGGCAUGAUGACCACCUACUAUGUGCAUCCAAAGGGCAUCUCGGACAGCCAACUGAUCUCCCCUGUGCGUAUGCCGGCGGGCAUCCCUCUCGCCCAGACGCCCAAUCUGCAGCGACAGACCUCGCAUCAUGGCUCCUUCAGUGCGGUUGUCUUUGGCAUGAUGCAGGCCACCAAACGCAGCACCGCUAUACCCGGCACACCUACCGGCACGCCCUCUCCGCAAAUACGUCGGGGUCAUCGAGGCAGCACCUUCAGUUCGGUGCGUCUGUCGCAAAAGUCGACUACUGUUAACCCAGUGCGACGUAAUACAACCCGAGUGCGAGGACGGUCCUAUCGACAGAAAAAGAGCUCUUCGAACAAUUCAAUAGUCACGCAGGCCAGUUCCACGUAUAUGCCCUCAUUCCGGCGGAUCGAUCAGAUCGAAACAACUAUCUCGAAAAGCCACAAUGAUGCUUUAUAGCCUAGCAUGCGCACCAAUUGGGUUUAAAGAUCAUCAAUUGCCAAACACUACUGUAGAUUCAAUUCCAGUCUUCGAGUUCUUAGUCGAGUCUAGCUACUGGAACUGGUGUCCUAAUAGAUAUAACAACUAUUUAAUUCCCAUACAGAGCUAAGUCCGUAGAGAUCAAAGUUGUUAGCCAAUCUAUAUUUGUAAUAUAUGUAUGUAUGUAUUAGCUAAUUGUAUAACAUUAUCUCAGCACAAUCUAGUCGUAUAUAUAAAUACAUAUUAAACUGUAUACACAUAAUGAGAUACCAUUUUUGUUUGUUCUACUAUGUACAUUUUCUCUAUAAAGAAUCAACGAUCUUUUCUUAAACAUCUACCAGAAAAAUUGAUCUAUAAAAAUUAUUAUUAUAAGGUAAACUUUCAUUUAGCAUAAUUUAAUUAGAAUAGUUAAAAGAAAAACACUUUUAACAAUCAUAAGUAAAACAAUGAUCAAAUUUUUCAAUUACUGUACAAAUAAUAUACCCACGAUUUCACUAGGUCAAUCUCUAUUUAUAUAAAGCACUUAAAUAUACAAAACUAAAAUUAAAUGUUAAAAAAAAAAUCCAUAAUUUAGUGAUUUUAUGUGUAAAACGCGAAUAAAUUUGUAGAUAAGCGA